AGACGCGAGGUGGAGACGGACGCGAGGUGGAGACGCGCGGUGGAGACGGACGCGCGGUGGUGACGCGCGGUGGAGACGGACGCGCAGUGGAGACGCGCAGACGAGCCUCGGUCACGUCCAGCAGGUCAGCUCCAGCAUGGCGCGACCCAAUGUCCUGCUCACUCCUGCAGCUGGCUUCGAUUUCGACAACGCCGCGAGAAAUGUUGCAUUAGAGGGUCUUUUUGAAGGAGGACAGACACCGAAACCUCUGAAAACAGGCACCACCAUAGCCGGAGUGGUGUUCAAGGACGGCGUGGUGCUGGGAGCAGACACACGAGCCACCUCCAGCGAAGUGGUGGCCGACAAGAUGUGCGCCAAGAUCCAUUACAUUGCCCCGAAUAUAUAUUGUUGUGGAGCAGGUACAGCAGCAGAUACAGAGAAGACCACGGACCUCGUCUCCUCCAACCUCACCAUCUUCUCGCUGAACAGCGACAGGAACCCUCGCGUCGUCAUGGCCGUCAACAUCCUGCAGGAUAUGUUGUACAGGUAUCACGGAAAAAUCGGUGCAAGUCUUAUACUGGGAGGAGUAGAUUGCACCGGGAACCACCUGUACACAGUGGGGCCAUACGGGAGUGUGAACACGAUGCCGUACCUCGCAAUGGGAUCUGGAGAUCUGGCUGCUCUCGGGAUCUUAGAGGAUCGGUUCAAACCCGAUCUGGAGCUGGAGGAGGCCAAGGAGCUGGUGCGCGUCGCCAUCCACGCCGGCAUCAUGAGUGACCUCGGCUCGGGCAACAACGUCGACAUCUGUGUCAUCACCAGAAAGGGGGCGGACUACAUCCGACCGUUCCAGGAGUCCGAGUACAAAGACACCAGGAAAAUGAAAUACAGGUACCGUCCAGGCACGACACCGGUUCUGACAGAGAAAGUGGUCCCGUUAGAGCUGGAGGUUGUACAGGAGACGGUGCAGCAGAUGGACACAGCCUGACCCACGAUGCCGCAACUUUAUCGUGUUGUUAUUCACCCGAUUCUAAAUAAAAGUAGUGAAAAUCGUCAGACAUUUUGUUCACGUUGUCCUCGUGUUUUCUGCUCCGCUGCUAAGCUUCACUAUGAUGCGGAAAAACUCUGGAUACUUCAGGGUCCACUGCAGCAUUACUGUCAGCAGGGGGCCCGUAUAACAUGCUUUAAAAAAUAAUAAAAACAAUAAUUAAAAUUCA